UGUGUGUGUGUGUGUGAUAUGAUUUAAGUGGAAGUCCUGGAAAUGCAAGGAAGUAUGUCGUGACGUCAUAAGAGUGUGUAAGUAUAGAAUAAUAUCAUACGAAUUUCAUUAAAUUGUUCGAUCCAUUCUUUCCCGUAAAAGCAGGUAACUCUUUUAAAACUACGCGAAGCAGCGCAUGAAUUAUAAAUGUUCGUGUAUAUUUUCGCGGACGUAGCAACGAUUAUCCAGCGAAAUAAAUAGCAGGCCGUUCCACGUUCGUUUCAAAUUUGCGCUCUGCAGUAAUCAUAGCGUGCAGGUCAUUUCGUAUUCUUUACGUAAGCAGCCAUCUGCGAGAGUAGUUGUAUUUAAUUGCCAUUGCUCCGUGUUUGUGUCGUGGCAGGUUGAAUAAAAUAUCUCUGCAGAGCCACACGGCACGCGGGGAGUCGCGUACACGGGGUAAAGAUGAAUCUAAAUAGACGUGAUACAAUCUGACGGUGGAGGAACUGAUACAACUUUACUGGGAAGUUUCUUGCCUCUAAAAAAAAGUUAGCUAGAAGAGUUUUACGAUUUGAAACGAAACGGUGCACACUUGCACCGUUCGCUAUGCCGCGGAAUAGUCGAUCGAUUCGAGCAAUAAGCCAUCAAUAAAACAUUCUUUUCGCUACGCCUUACUACCGUCUAUCGAGCUUACGACACGCAACCGUAUUACUUUCUAUAUCCGCAGUUAGAACUUCCACGUACAAUUCUCUGUCCUCGCUACUAUCGUCGGAAAAUCGUUUCGGUUUAAUAUAACAUUUUCAAGAAACGUCUCCGUAUUAUCGGCUCAAAGCUACCACGUAGAUUCACGAAUCUAUUAUUCAAAUUCAUCACGAUUCAUUCUUUCAUUGGGUAAGUUCUCAAUUUCAAGACAAGAGGGAAGAUUCACUUCAAAACGUUAUAACUGUUAGUAACGUUGACGUUAGAAAUCGAGGGGACAGAAAUAAGGAACAACGUGUUUCGGGAAGUCGUCCAUCUGCCUCCUGAGGGACAGGGGAUAAAAGCUGCUGGCCGAGAUCUGGUUCAAUGUAAUCCGCGACACAGGCAAGAUCCUCCACCUGCUAAUCUCGAGCAAAGCUGCACGUUCCGAACGGCUUCCGCCUGUUAGUCAGAGGGAAAGCGUAUGGUCACGAACUUUUCGAGUAGAACGGCGCACCGGCUUCUCUCGUUUCGAUACCACCUGCGCUCUAUAGAGAAUGCAGAUGCUCGUACAAGAGGAUGCCUGUAGUCCUUCGAUUCGGGUUUACGCGUGCUCAAUUUAAUUGGUAUAAAAAAACAUCAGGCAGACAGGUACGUGGUGAAACGACGGCAGACGAAAUGCAUUAGAAGACGUCGCGUGUUUUAUUAAUGGAAAGAUCGAUUUGGAAUCGGUAUUUACUAGUAUCCAUAGUAACGUAGUCGUCAACACUCGUAGAAAAACAUGACUCGCGGUUUGAAACACAAGGCAAUCCGUUCGCAGGUCCAAGCGUACAGUUUUUCAUUAUUUCUCGUCCCCCUUCGUAUUCGAUGUUGUUUUGAUAGAAGUUGAUUUGUUUAUUUCAGAGGAAUGAAUCGGUGGAAGAACGAGCGGCGCGGAGCGGACGGGGAGUCCCCUCCAGCCGGGUGCCUUGCCCCUUGACCCCCUCGCCGAUCCUCGUGCGUGACCCCCACCCCCGUUUGCCACCCACUCACCCACCCCGACCCAGGCGCCCGCGGGCCACCCCACCGCGCCCCACCCCUGCGCCGACCCCGCACGCGCAACGGUGUCGAGCGUCGCGCUCGUUUGUUCGCAGUCAGUCAGUCUAUCGGCAACCUGCGCACCAGUCGUGUCGGAGCGCUUAGGUAACAGUAUAUUAUUAUUAUUAUUAUUAUUACUUGGCUCGCCGGUGUGUUGUUCAUUUGUUAAAACGGAAACAAAGGCGGUUCACUAUUCGUUUUCGGAGUUACUCGUCGUUCUCGUCUCAUUUUACGGAAUACCAUCGUCGAACGUGAUCACUCACGUAUUUGCGUACACAAACGCCUGAAGGGCACCUGGUAUACAAGGUACACACGCGCGAACGUAAGUAGCAGUAAGUACACGCGUCGCCGCGGUACAUCGCGGGAUACGCGCUUUCAACGUUGAACCCGCGAGUCGUCGCCGUAAACCUGUCUGCGCACGUCGUCGCGCGGACACAUCCGCGAGUCGGUCAACGUCGCCGUGGCUCUCUCCUCGCGUACGCGAGCGUGAUCGAUCGAUAUCGACCGCGCUCAAGAAAUUUACACGAACAAGAAGAAGAGGAAGAAGAAGAAGGAGACGAUAUUACGGUGUGGGUACUCAGUGCAUCGGCUGCAACCUGUCGGUAGAUGAACAAGUGUGGAGGCACCGCCGUGGAGCACGUUCCCUGGGUCCGGCCCUCCUCCACGGUGUAUCGAUUGCUCUAAAAUAGACGCGUGGGAACACCUGCAGGCUCUACGUACACGUUCUACCCGACAACAGUCGACUGUCUCGUUCUCUCUCUCUCUCUCUCUCUCCGUGCCGAGGUCUGUCCUGACGCCCUUGCGUCAGGCGCGUGACAGGUGCAGCCUGCAGAGGCAAUACGGUAGCAGCAGUAGCAGCAGCAGCACCACCACCAGCACCAGCGAAGCACCGCGUUGUCUAAGGGCUGGAGGAGGAGGUGGAGGAGGCGGUGGUGGCGGUGGAGAAACGUAACAGGAAGCGGAAGAAGCGAAACGAGGGAUAGAGAGAGAGAGAGAGAGAGGGUGGAACAGAAGAGGAGAACAUAAUACGACACCGGGGCACCAGCAUACGUGUGUGCGGUACGUGCGCGUGCUCGCACUCGCCCUGAAACGUACGGAAAGGUGGAAGGAGGAGGCGAUUCGCCUGUGUUUCUCGAGAGGAAAGGGUUAUUUCCAGUGAUACGUCCUGGAGGCGCCUGUCGUCUUCGCCGGUACAACCAUAACGCCGCCCGCUUUAAAACGCCCGAGACGGGACACGGUGGACUCAUCGCCGCCACCCGCUCGAACAGCAGUCCCCGGAAACCCCGGACCAUCCAGCAAACUCGCUUGCAUCAUGGACGCGCCGCUCUCCCAGAGUAUGGACUCCGUCAACACGGUGGCCACCGGUGAAGACGAGGUGCGCACCUUGUUCGUGAGCGGCCUGCCGAUGGACGCCAAGCCGAGGGAGCUCUAUCUGCUGUUUAGAGCGUACGAUGGUUACGAGGGGUCCCUGCUGAAAGUCACAAGCAAAAAUGGGAAAACGGCAUCGCCGGUGGGGUUCGUGACUUUUCACACGAGGGCCGGUGCGGAGGCGGCGAAACAAGACCUACAGGGGGUUAGAUUCGAUCCUGAUAUGCCACAAACCAUACGUUUGGAAUUUGCAAAAAGUAACACAAAGGUUAGCAAACCCAAGCAACCAGCCGCUGCAGCAGCCACCUCGCACCCUGCUCUGAUGCACCCUCUAACUGGACACCUAGGGAGCCCGUUCUUCCCUGGUGGUCCUGAAUUGUGGCACCAUCCACUGGCAUACUCAACCGCUGGCGAAUUACCCGGCACGCUUCAACACGCGACGCUGGUCCAUCCGGCGUUACAUCCUCAGGUCCCCGCGCCAAUGUCUCUGCCGCAUCCAACGACGCUGACGUCGAUACACGCGACGCUACCCCAUUUCCUACCCUCGCCGGCACUGGCAUCGCCGGUCGGCUCGCCCUCGUCGCAGCCGAACAUAGCCGUGAGCAACGCGCCCUGCUCGACCCUCUUCGUGGCGAACCUCAGCCAGUUCGUGUCCGAGCACGAGCUAAAGGACAUGUUCAGCAGUUUUCCUGGUUUCUCCCGGCUUCGUAUGCACACGAAGGGAGGGUCGCCAGUGGCCUUCGUCGAAUACCAAGACGUUCGCUACGCGGCCCAGGCGAUGGCCACUCUCCAAGGAUCCUUUCUCCUCUCCUCCGACCGGGGAGCAAUACGAAUCGAAUAUGCAAAGUCAAAAAUGGCCGAGGUGGGCUUUACAAAUCUCUGGAUCGAAGGAUCAAAGAGAGAAGAAAACGGGCAACCUUAAGAUCGACAUCAACGGGAUGUAAAGGGAUCGGGGCGAGGGAAGACCAUGCGUGCUCGACGCCCCGUUUCUCGACGAUCGGGACUCGACGUUUCCGUAAACGGAAUCGUCGACGAAGCGAAGAGAGGAGAGAGCGCAGGACACGAACAAGAGUCCAGGGAGAGGGUAGAGGAGAAAAAAUGUUAAAAAAGAGCGUUCACGUAUGUACACAUACACACACACACACACACACACACACGAGAGGAAGGACGAAGAUCGGGCGUCGGAACGGAGACGAGAGACAGGGGUUUUGUCUAUGUGUACGUGAUUGUCUCACGGACGCAGCAACGGUAGGGAUAUUGAAAUUCAUGUAAAUCGCGCGGCAUUUCAAAUUCGCGACUCGCAGGGGGCCCAAGAUAUAAUCGCGCAUAUGAUAUUCCUAGGUAUAUAUAUUUUUUAACGACUUAACUCAUCGAUCUAUUUCGAUUAGCCGUCUACUACCUUGUCUAUUUAUUUUCCACCGAGUCUUGAUCGCGGUAAACGACGAAGCGACACGAAUUAACGAAUCCAAAUGAAACACACACGUUGUCACACACAGACGCACGGCUAUCGUUCAUAACUCCUUUCCAUCGGACUAGCCGGAGAACUGUAAUUUCAAUCAAUCUCACAUGAGGGAACAAGAAGAUUCGUAACGUCGAUCACUGUCGAGAAUAACAGAGAAAAUGCGUCGAUCCAGGAACGUAUGAACGGUAACGUGUAAAUGAUUUUUUUUUUAUCACACACGUACACAUCCAGAGAGGCAAACGUGAGACAGAGGCACUAUCGAAAUCACACGCGCACGCACGUAGCGUUAAUACUUGUUCACACGUACACACAGAGAGAGAGAGAGAGAGUCGCGAAAGAUUGAUUUAGGAAAAUCGAGCCCCGCGCUGUUUUCGAAAAAAUUUCGGGUGAAACCAAACGGGGUGGACGGGCUCCUCCUCGUAGGACGACAGACAACGCAGUCAUUUCCCGGAGAGACAGAGUAGUUUUAACUGUUAACUGGGUCGUCCGACGGAUCAGAGUUUAAAGUAAUUAGAAAAUGGAGAUGGGAAAUUCUAUUUUGUAAGAAUUGACGAGGGCGGAUCGAUGAUGUCAGAAGAACAGAGUUUAAACUUUAGGCAUGUGAAAAAUUCUAACGUGUACAGGUGAAGUUGAAAGUAGAAAACCGAAUUAUAAGAGUUAAGUGUUUACCGCCCAAUUAACAGAUUAAAAUCGUUGGCCAGCUUCGGUGACGCGAGGGACGCAAAUCUCGACGAGGGAGUAGAACGAAACCGCGCGGCGGCUCGCUUAAAAAUUCUGUAAUAUAGAAUACGAAGAAGAGGAUAAGAAAAAAACAAAUGAGACGAAGACGAGUACAUCAAGCUUAAUACCAAAGGUGCCCUAAGAAGCGUGUAUUUAUGUUUUAUCAUUGGCGCGUCGCGACGAGCGCGAGCAUAUAUAAUUAUUAUACAUUUAAUUAAUGUAUCUUGUUAAGGAGAGUCUAAUAUCCUAGACGAGAGUGGGCAGUGAACGUGAGAGAGAGAGAGAGAGAGAGAGAGAGAGAGAGAGAGAGAGAGUAUGCGUGAACGGGAACCAAACGAGUAAAAAAAAACAAAAGAAAGAAAAAGAAGCGAGGGACGGAGUGAAUGAUCGCGUUAACUCUACGUAAAGUAAUCUUAUAUACAUUAUACAUAACGAAUGCGAACAUAUCAUAGGAUUAAGCAGUAGACGGAAGAAAGUUAAAAAAAAAACCGUUCUUUUACUAAAGAUAUAAACUCGAAGAAAAGAAAAAACAGAAAAAAAAUACGAUCUGUCUCGGUAAUGGCGCGGAGACAAGUCGGAAAACGAGGAUCACGAAGGUGGUGGUUGUAGUAGUGGUGGUGGUGGUGUGUCGUGCCCUGCGUGCUAGAUAGAGAAACGGCCAACUCGGCACGUAAUUUGCCCAAGUGCCUUCCCGUUGGUCGAGUCAUGCUGUAUAUUUCGUAUGAUCCGUGUGUAUUUCAUUCGUCUCGUCCCGAUUUCAAACGUCGAACCCCUCCCCCUUCUGUCCCGCGGACGACGCGCGGUCGAACGACAGCCGAAGAACCGAUCUAUGCAAUAACGAAAAGAUGAACGAUCGAUCGACAUGGCCGUUUGAUCGUUCGUCAGAUCUUCGAUCUGCCACAGAAUCCGUAAUUAAUUUCAAGUUGAUUCGACGCUUGGUUUCCUAAAAAAAAAAAAAUCUGCCGGUGGUCGUUUCGACUCUGCGGCAGUUCGCGAACGAAACAGGAAGGAAUAGUCGCAGUCCUGAAUUAACUCCAGGAGACGCUUCUGACUAAACUCUAUGUACUAAAGAUAUAACCGAGAAACUGUUCGAGCCUGCCUGAUAGUUUUCUAUCGCCUCGUCGUUUUCUACUUAGCCCUGUAUCUCCUCGAAAGACAGGGAGUUGCCGCGUGUUCCUCUAAUUAAUACUCGCGAUCGUUCCGUUGAAGGAAUCUCGACGAACGAACCCGUUCGCACUUCUGACGUGCUGAGAAAGUUCAAAACGUUAAGUAUAGAAUUUUUUACACUUGAAAUCGAGGUCCAUGCAUGACGCAGAAGGAAGUACGAUAUCAUUUAAUUGGCAUUAUCAAUCGGACGAUGAUCGAAGGAAAGCUCGAGUUCUUCAACGGUGAUCGGGAGAAAGAGUCUCAUAUUUUUCUCGUGGAUUCGCCGAGCUCCACAGUUCGGCAAUCCUCGUCUGCUGGUAAAAACUAUUUAUCGAAACGCGACCGCUGGGGCAUUCAUUAUCGCGGCCGCGAUUAACAGUGAUCGAGUGGUUUUAAGGGUAGAAUACAAUUAAAGUGGCACCGAACCGUGUGCGUGAAACGUGAAAUCAGCGCGAGACGAGAAAUCGUCGUUGGUGACUGUGACUCGGAGCAGCUAAUUUCGCGGUUUACCGUUUCGAAAGAUGUGGUCGUAAUUGCUCUCGAGCCUCCUUUAUUUUUCUAUUCGACGUGCGCCGAGGUAGAAUCGAAGGGAAACGUCGAGGGAUGAAUAUCGGUGUGUCACACGAAAAUGAUCGCGUUUACUCGUCCAAGUCAUGCGAUACGUGAACGAUUACCAGAGCGAAUCAGAGAUCUCGUUGCUCGACGACGUUCUCCGUGACAAAAUGUUUUUAUCAGGAUUGGCCUCGACACGAAAUGAAACACAUUAGGGAAUGAAAAUAAACUCGGAUUAAUUUUGAUUCAAAAGAUAAUACGCUGUUAGCCACGGUCUACAUGUCGUACCGAGAAUCAUCGCCGCGAUUAUGUGAAAAGUUCCCUUGAACGAGUACGACGACGGUCGUCGUUGGAAGGUCCAGCGGCGGAACGAAGUGCUUCUUGCCUUUCUUCUCGCUGUGGAACAAAAAUCCAGCUGACCUGAAAGAGGCUCGUUUCCGGGGAACUGGACCGAAAACGAAAUCCAGAGCGAGACGAGACUGUCCCUCGGAAACGGUAAACGCAGCUCGCCGAGCAACGAGAUUACCUCGGACGCAAAGAGAACAAAGUGAAAACUACGGUUUCGGCUCGCGAACAAUUUCCGACACCGUCGAUUUAACGUUUGGCAGGCGUUUCAGGGUUGUCACUCUUCUGAUACAUAUCGUUAGAUCGUUAAGGGGCUUGCCGGGCAGAUUUAAAGUAGAUAAUUGUCUUGGAAAGCUUUCGCCGGGUCGUUGAUAAAUCAAUAAUUGAUCCGAUCAGUACAAUUUAUUUUUGCCGCGUCGAGCAUCGUAUAAAAGAAUUAUUAUUCGUUUCAAUGUAUCGCUUGAAUCAGUUUAAACGUCCAAUGGAAUAUUGGGUAUAAAUUAAGGAUUAUUGAAUAUUUUCUCUCUGACGAUUUAAACGAUUAUGACAGGGUUCUUUAGAAGAAAAAUCUGGUAAACGACCUGGACGAAUACUUUCCUGAAUAUUAGGAUAAAAAAAGCAGUGUGUAAACCGCUUGAAUCCGCGAACGUGUCGAUCCAUGAACAUAUCACCGAAUUUCUGACUCGUUAGAGAAUUGUCGAUAUAAUUAUACAUACAUAUAUAUACAUACAUACAUACAUAUAUAUAUAUAUGUACAUAUAUAUAUAUAUAUAUACACAACACUAAAUAGAUGGUGACUGAAUAAUUUUCCUGAUAGUCGAUCUAGACAGAGAGUCAUGAAAAAUUGAUCGAAUCUUUUCUUAAACGUAUCCUGGACUACAUAAUAUAUUAUAUAUUUGUUAGAAAUCGUUUGACAUUUCGACGGGGGGGAAGCGUGAUGUCAAUUGGUGAGUGAAAGUUCGCCUCCGAGAACGAGAGCCAUUCGCGUUUUAACUAAAAAUGAAAUUAGACGCAUAUGUGAUUUUGGAAAACGGCGGAAAGUAUAGCCUAAGUUUGUGAAAUCCAUGCGAGGCCUUACAUUUGCGAAUUCGGAGAGAGCGAAGGAAAGAAUUUGGUCGAUCAGUUUGCGAUUCAGUGGCAAAAGGAGGAAUUCUAUCCCUUAGAAAUCUAUUCUUCAUCUACUUCUUCUUCUUCUUCUUUGGGGGAAUCGUUCGUCGUCACCUCCUUUCGAAUCUUUCAUCAGAGUCCCUAAUCAGACCGCGGAUUUCGACGCAUAGUUAAGAGAAUGAAAUAUACAGUUUCAAUGUUCAACGUUUUUGUCUCAGAUAAAAGAAAAUCCGCGGUGCACUUGACCCGUGACCACCGACGUGGAGAGAAGCGAACGAAGGCUCUCGAAUGCCUCUCACAGGGCAAUGUAAUUCGCUUGACCUUAACGUAAAACAUAUCAUUUUACAAUAUUGAACAAGAGGAAUAACAAUAGUUGUACUGCCCAAGAUAGCGUGCGUCCGUAUGUGUGCAAAUAUAACUAUUACGAUAUUACUGUAUAUAGCGUGAGUGUUGAACGAACGUGGGAAGUUUGUAGCUAAUCAGACCGACUCGGUCCCAAUUUCAAAUUACAUCGUACAACAAAACGCAAACGCGAAACCAUCACACCAAUCAACGAUUGACUCGUGUCAAUAACAAUAAUCGUCGAGGCCGAUUUCGAUUCGCUGUGUACAGGCUCCAACAUCUUUUUGAAAUUCGGCUAUAAAUUUUUACGAGGGUAUCGAAUCCUUUUCGUUUAUAAAAAAGAAACAAAAAUAGAGUCUGCACAGUCGAUAGGAAUCCGUCUUUAUCGUCCGCAACGCACGACUUUGUCCACAAUUUGCACGUUCGACGUAGAGAGAGAAAGAGGUAAGUGGCGACGCGUUGAAAAGUGCGUCGCUACGAUAAUUCUGAUACGGCUCUUGCGGCCAGGCUUUUGCUACUUUUGUAUGAAAAAAAAACGAAAAACCAAUGCGUCGAGAGACCAAAGAAGAAACCAAGGGAAAGCGGCACGAUUUUUCGAUUAUCCUGCUAUCGCGUAUCGCUUACAACCGCUGUUUAAAUUACUCAACUACUCCGUCGCGUUCCGCUCGCUCGUUCUGGACUCGCGUUCUCUCCUAUCGAUGACCCGUAAAAUAGGAAAUAUAAAAAUAACGAUCGUUGAAUCUGAACGGUCAUCGAGCUCAUCCAGACUUUUAUUUUAAACACGACGAUUCGUAGGUCGUUCGAAAAUAGCGUCGAUCUAAAGAUUCUGAAAAGCCCAGAACGAGCUGCAGAAAUCGCGCAACCGAAGACAACGAGAGAAACUAGGGAAAAUAGAGCGAGUCCAGUGACGAAACUUUACAAUCGUCUAUAUAGUCACGAACAUCGUAGACAUUCGAAAUGUGUAUCUCAGCUUUGAAACCGUCCGGGGAGGAUACAACGACCCGGCGAGACGACGAGACGAAGCAGUUCGCUACGUGCGAAGCCGAUCAGAGAAAAAUUGAUUCAGAAGCUAAACGGUAAAACGUGAUACACUUUGGAAAAAUUGCGAGUAAGUGUGGAAUCUCUGAAGACGUUUGAGCCGCUUCUAGAUGUAGUCUAGAGCUCCUCUCGUAUUGGACAUAUCACAUUCUGCCAUCCAAGCACCGAUCGAAUGGAAAAGAAUUUUCAACGAGAUUUGUUCGUAUCUAGAAAAAGUGCUUUACACAAGUGAAAACUAAAAGGAAAACUCAUAUCAGUAGACAGUACGCUAUAGAGGUAUACAAUUAUAGUCAACAGACGUUCGCGUAAUUAUUAGAAAUCGAUUAUAAAAUACGGAAAGUAUAUAUAUAUAUAUAUAUAUAUAUACAAAUAGCUAUAUAUAUACUGAGGAAGAGAAAAAAAAACAAAUAUAUAAUAUAUGUAUAUUACACGCGAGUGGGAGAGAAACUGAUCUGAGAAAGGGAGAAAGGGAAGAGAUGAGAGGAGGUGUAAUGUAUUCGUAAAUCAGAUAUUUUGUACGUGACUAGAGAAUUAUUCUAACGAGUCCGUUUUCGUUUCUUUUUUACAUACGUAUAUGUACAUAAUAGAUAUGUAUACACACACGUGAGAACCACACGCGAUAGACGACGAGGAAGCACUUGAACGACCAACGAGACUAACGCUUUUCCACGAGAUACAAACGAAACGAGGGGAUCUUUCCCGUGCCCAAAGAAUCAGAAAGAUCUGACAAACGUCAAAUUAUAGAAACCGAUGUGAGAUGUUCGAGAGUGAAACGCAGUUACAAGAGAGAUUUUCUUAAACCUGAAACAGGAACGAACAGCGUUCUCCAGCAGAAGCUUCUGCACGAUUGGAAGACACAUCGAGGUGAACCGUCUCCGAACGCCAAAGACGUCGAUGCGUAUCUAUCGAAAGAUCAGACGAGUGACGUCAAUCAUGGUGACACGACGCACGAACGAACCCUGUGAGAAUCGUGCAAGACGUGAAAGUUCGUUAUUGAAAGUAAUUAAACUAGGAUGAAAGUAGAGGAACGACGAGCCUGCCGUACACAGUGAUCGUAGUAGAUCCCGAGUCCGUCCCGAAGCGACAACCUUGAAAAUCCACGAAACUCGAAAAGUAACAAAACUAGGCCAGCCUCGAAAUAUUUUUCCAAGCGAAUUAUUUUUGAUCCCUCGCUUUCUGUCCGCAUACUCAAGCUUGUUCGGGUAGACCGUUCGUUCCGUGGAUCGCCGAGAACUUACACGCCUUGCGGACGAACAGAGAAUUCAAUACGCGAGAUCGAAGCCGUUGCGGCACGGUUGACAAAAAUUUAGUUUGACUCUCAGGUAGACGAUUGACGAGGUAAAUCGAAUUUUUGGGAGCGGAGUCGAACGGGGCGCUGCUCAGGGUUCCAUUCGGGAGGGAAGGGAAAGGAAGCGUGUCUGACACUUGAUCAGAAGAGAAAAGUGAUAGGAACGCGAAAUAUCGCGACCACGUACAAUAAGACAUAUCAUUUUUUCUAAUAUACUCAAAUACGACGUGUAUUCUCGUCUAGACAAGUUAGGGGACUUGUGAAAAGCCCUGCAAUAUAAUCACGAUGAAAGUAACAAAAGGAAAUACGAAUUCUCUUUAAGAGAUAUUAAUUAUUGAUAGAAGAAUGGAGGAGUCGAUACAUUCCGAGAGAUAUAAACGACGAAACUAGGGGACCGUAGCUAGAAAAUAUUCGCAGAAAUCUAAACUCUGUAUUAUUUAUUAUUAUUACUAUUAUUAUUAUUAUCAUUAUUACUGUUAUUAUUGCGAUGUGCCCUGAUCUUCAGGGUGUCGAGACUCUCGCGACUCGUUCGAGAAGGGAUCAACGAUCGAACGACAAAACGCGACGGUUCGAAAUAUGAUUUCGAUUCUAUUAAUCAUGUAAAAUGAAUCGCGCGUCCGAGGAGGCGUCUCAUGAUCAGGCAACUGAGAAACUACCACGGGACAUAUGAAAUUUGUUUGCACAUAGGUACCUGAACGGUUCGACUAUUUUUAUUAAUUUAUCAACGCUGCGUAAACAAUCCCAAAGAACGAGAGAUGCUAUGAACGUUGAUUCUGGCUGACCGUUCCCAGGCAAUCUGAAUCGCUGUAGAGCGUGGAACGUCUGCGAGAUCUGAAACAAAAAUGUGAACGAUUUGGUUUGACUGGGAGGGUGCGACGGCUGCAGGAAACCGUCCAAGCCUCGAUCGCAGGAUCGAUGAACAACGAUGAACCACGUAAUUGAAAUGAAUCAUGAAAUCGAAGAGAAGCGUAGGCCGUAGAAAAGCGAAUUACUAACUGGGAAACACGAACUGAAGAUGUUCACACUCGUUUAACGCCAUGGAACGGACGCGAGAAUCGCUCGUUUAGAUGUAAUGGUAUUCGUGAUAGCGUCGAGAUGGAGAUACGAAUGGUGAUCAGCGAGAUCGUGGCCUGCACGCCGAACGACGUUUACAGAAUUGGUGCAUCGAACGAACGAACGAACGAACGAAAGAACUCUGUUCCAGUUAGUCCGGUGAUCUACGUUAUAAUUUAGAUUCUCUUUUCCUUCAGCUGCGAAGCUUACACGAUUUCAUUGCGUAACGCCUGAGAGGCGAAGUAGUAUACUACGUCUCUUCGGUUGAUUAGCCAGCAUCCAAUUCUAAAUCGGUAUAACGAGAUCAACGCCAGUUAGAAGUGGUUUCUCUGGAAAACCGAAUCGAUGCUUUGAGGAAACGAGUGUACAAAUAGCACAAUUAUUUAUUUCUCGUAUAUCUACUUAGGUUUGUUCGAUAGAACGAAAUUGUAUUUUCUUACGGUGAUAAUUCAGCGUGUUCAGUCUCUCUAACUUAUUAUUAUUAUUAUUAUUUAUAAUUGUCGUGAUAGCCAAAGAUAAUAUUUAUUUAAAUAAUUUAUACUUGGAAAAUAUAUGAAUCUCGCUGUUGCAUCGGCACCUGCACAGUUAAACGUGGUUCGUCGUGUAGACGCUUAACGAGAUCGACACGCGUAAUCAUAUAGUAUUUUCUGUGUAAAGAAGCUGUAAUGUCCGUGUAUUUAUUUGCACGUUAGUUUUCUGUUCUGGCGAAGUUCCGGCAGACCGCUGGAGAUCGGGUACAGCGGAAUCUGAAUACACGACCGAACGCCUUCGAACACGUUUCAAACGUUCGUCGGAGUUGGAAGUUCGUUCGAAUCGGAAACGACCAACUCCGCGGGAGUAUCUCUGAUUUUAUAUACUCCCGUUGUUACAGUUAAAUAAUUUGAUCGAUCGAUUCAAUUGAAAUCUAUCUCGCGGAGUUCGCCGUCUCGAUUCGAGCAAUAAAUAAAAUAAAAUUCUUAGCCGAAGUUGCUCGAUCCGUGGAACUCGAGCCGAUUCGCUGAAGGGAGGUUGUAGAUAUGAAAUCAAGUCGAAAGUCGGAGCCUGUGAAUUCGACCAAAGUCUCGACACCGACGAGAACGCGUCGAGUUGAAAAUUGAUCGAGAUAGUAGUAAUAACUCCGGUGAGAUGUAAACCGUUGAUUAAAUCUGAUAGUAAAUCGAAAGAACGUUCCAAAUUGAACGUGCUGAUAAUUUGUUGAUUAGGAUAAUUGAUCGAGAGGCCGCGACACGUCGUUGAAGCGUCGAUAGGGUCGAUUUGAUCGACAGUAUCGACGUUGCUUUAAAUAAUUUCGUUUCAUUUAAUGAAACAGCGAAGAUUGCAAGCUCGGUCUUCGACUUGUCUAUGUAAAUUAAGCACGUUGGUAAGUGCGUUAGGUGAAAGAAAGAAUUAGCCACGUAAAUCAAUGUCACGAGACAUCCUGUGUAAUAGACGACCGAAUUGUGAUACGUUUUUAAUGUUUAGAAGCCGAUACCUUCGUCCGCGGAGAAAGUCGGCCGUCGUCGAUUUGAUCGGUUCGCGCCCAGCAAUGUCGUUUACACUGUAACAUCAUUUAUUGUUCUCCACACCUGGUUAUCGCACGUACACUUGUUAGCCGCGCGAACGAUCAUCGACGCGCGGCAGGUCUCGUCAAGAUAUCGAAUUCGAAACGGGCACGGCGACGAGAUCGUUCGUCGUUCACUCGGAGAGAAUCACCAUGCGAUUUAGUUUGUGAAAUUUCGAAUGACCGAAAGAGACGGUACGAUCGUAAGUAUUUGCGACGGCGGCGUUGUGAUAUACGGUAUGCAUAAUUUAUUUCCUUUGUAGAAAAACCGAUAUCUUGAUCGUUGCGACGUUUUCUCCGGUGAACCAAUAUCGGGUGUCUUGUUAAAGAAACUGUUACGACGAGUUCGCACGCGCGCGACUCAUGAGUGUGAAAUUUCAAAUUCGAUGUCAGACGAAACACGUUAAUCGACGAUAGAAUCGUAUACAGCAAUAAGCGGUCUAUGAAUUCGGAGCUUGAAACGAGUAUUUCUGUUUCCUUACCUUCUUCGGCUUCUCCUGUCCUGCGGUUGCUCAAAGGAUACUAGAAGAACGGGGUGAACACUAAAAAAGAAAGAAAAGAAAAACCGAUAGAAAUGCGAUUUUAUUGAUCGAUUAACGUCGCUGUGAGUGUGAAACGAAGAGCGUCUCGAUCGAAACCGGGGGAAGCGACAGAGGACAGAACUUGAAAGUACGGGGAACGCGCCGGGAAAAGAUGAAGACUACAUACGUUUUUACUUUAGCGAUCGUACGUGAUAGUAACGGAGGAACGGGCUGAUUUACUUUUACCAAUUUCGAUCGGACGUACGCGAGCGUAAAGAGGGGGAAGUAAGGAAAUGCGCUCCAUCCUCCGCCAACGGAUAAACGCGAGACUCGGAGAGCCGCGGAUGUGUUUUAAAAAAAAAAUGUGAAAAAAAGCAAUUAUUAUCGUACCCUAUAUACAUAAACAAAUCGCGCGUUACUUUGGUGUUUUCGUUGAACAAGAGAGAUAAGAAGAUCCCGUCAUAUUUACGAGUAGGAUGAUAAAAACAACAAUAAUAAUAAUUAAUAAUAACGAUAUUUAAUAUAAUAAUAAUGAUAAAGUAAUAACGAUAUGAUAAUGAUGAUAUAUUAAUAUUAAUAUGAUUAUGAAUUAGUUGCAGCUUUCUGUGUAAGGUUAUUGUGAUAUUUAAAGUGGAAAAAAAAAAAUAAUAACUUUACCGUAGCGAUGUAAAAUUAAGAGGA